CCUUUGCUUCUCUGCUUUUAUCUUUGCACGCCCCGUCCUCACUCGCCAUCUCCACCUCCACCUCCACCUCUGUCAAUGGCAGCACCGGCGCUCAGCGCAGUCAAGCUCCAUCUCCAUGGCUUCCAUCCCAAUUUCUUCACAAUCCGAGGGCAUGGUUGCUAUGCGAAUUCUUGCCCUCCACUGAUGAGAACGCGCUGCAGUCCACUACGUACCUUCUCCAUCCGCUGCUCGAGCCGCUCCUUAACUGGGCACUCGGAAGGUGUCGCUCUUCGCUUGGAUUCUCUGGAGAAUUCUGGUGGUGGAGCGAUGAUGUUGGAUGAUAGUCCUGAUCCGGAUGAGUCCCAUGCCCUUGAAAAGAUCAGAGGUAAGAAGUUCAAAAAUCGGUUUUUGAAGCUCGUUCGGCUGGGGUCUGUGAUAAACGAUGCGGCGGAGUCUUUCUUUAAGAGCGAGAUACGACGGAGAUUGUUUGUGACGGCGGUGCUUAUUCUGAUCAGUCGCAUUGGUUAUUUCAUUCCUCUGCCGGGGUUUGACAGGAGGAUGAUGCCUGAGGAUUAUCUCAGUUUUGCUUCUGGUUCCAUGGAUGAUCUUGGUGACUUUACAGGUGAGCUUAAGAUGUCAUUGUUCCAGCUUGGAAUUAGUCCUCAGAUUGGUGCUUCAAUCGUAAUGCAGGUACUCUGCCAUACUGUCCCAUCCCUGGUGAAGCUAAGGAAGGAGGGUUUGGAUGGUCAAGAGAAGAUUAAGGGUUAUAUAUGGUGGACUUCACUUGGUUUUGCAAUAGUGGAAGCAGUUAUUGUCUCUUGUUUCUCACUACAAUAUUCAAUAUAUGCUGCCAGUCAGAGGUUCAAGCAUGUUGCUGUGACAAGCCUUUUAUUGGUUCUUGGUGCAAUGUCUAUGACUUGGAUCUGUGAUACCAUAACAGAAUCUGGAUUUGGUCAUGGUUCAUCUUUAAUCAUCUGUGCGGGAAUCUUGACUGGUUAUACAGAUACUUUGUACAAGAUGUUGACUCACUUAUCAAGGCAUGCAGUUAAUUGGUGGCCCUACUUAUUUGGAGUGCUAGGAAUUUUCACUGUUGUUACUAUGUGGGCUGUGCUAGUUACUGAAGGUUGUCGAAAGAUCAAACUACAGUACUACGCUUUUAAACUAGCAUCUGCUGCAAGAAAUGGUAGUUCCCCAGUAACUGAAGUGGAGCCAUACAUCCCUUUCAACAUUAAUCCCACAGGAAUGCAGCCUGUACUCACAACCUCGUACCUACUGGUUUUUCCUAGUAUUAUGGCAAGUAUCUUUGGUUCAUCGUUUUGGGAAAACGUUAAGGAGAUUUUGAACCCCAAGUCUUCUAUUGGUGCGGAUCCAUGGGUGUUCUAUGCAAUAUAUGCUUUUUUCGUGUUUCUAUUCAAUAUUUUUGACAUUGCUAACUUACCAAAGGAAAUUUCUGAUUACAUGACCAAAAUGGGUGCUAGAAUACCAAAUAUAAAGCCUGGGAAAGCUACCAUAGAGUAUUUAACUAAGGUUCAGGCUUCUACACGCUUUUGGGGAGGAUUAUUGCUAUGUAUUUUGGCUACUUCCUCAACUUGGCUUGAUCACUAUUUAAGAAGCAUCAAUGAAGGAUUUGCACUAGGAUUCACAUCUGUUCUAAUCAUUGUGGGUUCGAUAAUAGAACUGAGAAGAUCGUAUCAAGCAUACAAUGUAAUGCCAAACUUAAGCAAGGUUCUAAGGAGAUACGGUGUAUAGAGGUGAGGUGCAGUUACAUUAAAGUGAGGAUAACCAUGAGAAACGAGCAUCAUGCACAGUACACUUAAGUUAAAAUCAACAACAUUUUCCAUGGUGUUGAACCAGUAUCAAACUCAGAUUAUGUAUUCUUGCUUCAGACUGCCAAGUUUAAAAGUCUGUCACUGUCAGCUACGCCGUUUCUCUUGUGAAAGGGAGUUUUUUCUUGGCAUUAUGUUAGACAAAGUAUAUAUCAUACCAUAACUGAAGCUCACAUUUGCUGGACUGGAACAAUCGAAGCUCAUGUAUCUUCGAUCAGUUUCACUAGAGUGAUCCUAUAACUUAAUGAGACAGAAUUGGCUUCAAGUCGCUAACAAUGUGCUGGAUUUUCUGAUGAGAUUUUUGGGGUAUAAAAUCUUUUUGACUCCAGGAACAGCAUAAGUUAACAAGUUACAGCCCGGGACUUCACCCUUCAAACUUCAUAUGAACUAUGAAAGUUUAUAGCAUGAUCACCUCAGAAACAAGCACAGAAAUACGAAACAAAACAAACAUGUUCAGAACUCUAGUCACCAACUGAUGAGAGUGAACCUAUGUGGAAGCAGAGUCCUCAGCAAUUUUGCGGAAUGAAAGUAAGCAUGAUGUGCCUUGCUUUCGGCUUUCUACCAAUUAAACAGUAAGCAUGAUGUUCCUUGCUUUCGGCUUUCUACGGAUUAAACUUUGCUCGUAAAUAGAUGAAUGUAUCAUACCAAAUGAAAAGACCAAUUAGUCUACUGUCCAAGCAAGUGAUAAACUAUUUUGUUGCCAAAUUUUGUUAACAUAAGCCAGUAGUCAAUAGAUUCUGGUGAUACUGUAAUGUUAAAAGACACUGUUAGUUUUACCUAUGUUUUGUAGUGUUUGCUGAUUAAUUUGGGAUCUUGAGAACA